CAUAACUGAGAGCGGAGGCUGCAAACCGCACUUGUAAAUUGGUUUGGGUUAUUUCAGCGUUAUAUGGAACUAACAACGUCGAAAUUGGUAUUCUAACAUCUGUAACAUACUACAGUUUCAAAAAAACAGCGAUGUCAGAAGAUUUGGUGAAACAACUUAGCAGCUACAAAGCACAGCUGCAGCAGGUGGAGGCUGCUUUAUCUACAGACCCAGAGAAUGAAGACUUGCUCAAGCUACAGAAAGACCUCCAGGAGGUCAUUGAGCUGACCAAAGACCUGCUGACCUCUCAGCCGGUUGAAGGUGUGGCCAGUGCUAACAGCUCCGACGCGGCUCCCGUCAAACACAACUGGAAUGUGGGAGACAGAUGUAUGGCCACCUGGAGCCAGGAUGGACAACUGUAUGAGGCAGAGAUUGAAGAGAUAGACAGCGAGAACGGCACAGCAGCCAUCACCUUCAUCGGAUACGGCAACGCUGAGGUGGUCUCACUGCACGCGCUCAAACCAGCUGAGGAAGGCAAAGGAAACAAGGAAGAAGGGGGGAAACCGAAAUCCAAAAAAGCACUGAUAGCAGAACAGAGGGAGUAUAAGAAGAAAAAGGCGCAGAAGAAGGUGCAGAGAAUGAAGGAGCUGGAACAGGAGAGGGAGGACCAGAAGUCCAAAUGGCAGCAGUUCAACAACAAAGCCUAUUCUAAAAACAAGAAGGGUCAGGUGAAAAGGAGUAUAUUUGCCUCACCAGAGAGUGUGAAUGGAAAGGUUGGAGUGGGAACGUGUGGAAUUGCAGAUAAACCCAUGACUCAGUAUAACGACACGUCGAAGUAUAACGUCAGGCAUCUGAUGCCACAGUGACCCAUCAUCCUCUUCUUUAUUAAUACUCUAUUCCAGACAGAGCAGUUCUGUGCUGCCUUCUGUCCCCUUCUUGGUUAGAACGCCCUUGUUUAAGAAAAAGAGCAGCCACUGAUAACAAACGUGUACAAAAUUUAUCUGAAAACAAAAUUUCACCACAGGUAACUCCUGUUAUUUUAUUUUAUUAUUAUUAUUUUUUUUAAGUAACAGUAAUGUGUAGUGUUUGGUAUGAGCCAGUUUUGUCAUACUUUAGCCAAGUAGAUGGAGGCACAAAAGUUCGGCAUUGUUAAACUAUUUGCUCCCCACUGGUUAAAGGGGCUGAGCUCUGGCAAAGAGAGUUCUUUUUUUUUUUUUAUCCCCAUCACAGCAGAAGUGACUGGAGUCAUCGUUUUACUCAUGUCUGCAUUUUGGAUUAUAUUAUUUCAGUUCAUUGGGAUGUGUUAAUUUU